AUGGCAUAUGCAAUUAUUAGAAAUAAUAAUGGUUGGGUGCUUAAUGAAAACGGACAAGUUUUCAUGAGAGACACUGAAAAUGGGGCGAAUAUAUGGAUAGACAAUAAUAUGAUAUAUUUUAACGAAUAUCAGCGGCCUUGUAUUAAAAUCUAUAAUGAACAUGACCCAAAUCCCAAGGAAAUAAUUUUAACUUUUUCAAACAGUGAUGAGUUGGAAGAUUUGGAUGACGCGGAGCCGUCGCAAAAUUUAGAUGGUGACAACACUGAUAAGAAAAAGAAAAUAGCUUCCAAAAUCAAAAAUUGGAAAAUUUAUGCAAGACAAAAAUUUGUGUAUUAUGAGAGGAUGGAUGAAAUUUUGGGUGAAACACCAACAAACUCUAGCCCCCAUUCUAUUGACACAUACAACAUUAUUAAAAAUCAAGUGGAAGAAAAUACCCAGGUUGAAAAAUUCACUGAAAAUUGUAAUGUUGAACAAUCUUCUGAAAAUACAAAAUAUUCAGACAAUUCAAAAAAGAAGCGAAGGAAUCUUACUGCAGAUUAUAUGGAACUCAAAAAAAAGUAUUAUGAAGAGAAGAAAAUGGAAAGUCAGGAUAAAAAGCAACAAAGAGAAAAUUAUAUAGAAGAGGCAUUAAAACUAAAGAAGGAGAGGAAUAUGCAAAUGCAAAAAAAUUGGAAUUGGAAGAUAGAAAAGUUAUAG